GAAUUAUGUUUCAAAGAGUGGACAAGAAUAUGUAUAGCAUUAGUAAAAGUUUUAAUCAUCAUGAUCAUGGACUAUUAUUCUAACCUGGCUAGAAAUAUAGCAGGCACCACUAUACAAUCUCUGUUAUUCUAACCUGGCUAGAAAUGUAGCAGACACCACUAUACAAUCUCUGUUAUUCUUACCUGACUUGAUAGUUAAAAGAUGUUUCGCAGUGGUCAUGGGGAACAGGUAAGGACACUAAGAAUAGAUACAUUUUCAGAAACGGAAAAUAAGGAGAUUUUAACAGUUAUCUCCCCAGAACAACAUACAGACAAUUUAGAGACAUUCCGCGGCGGACAGGACAAGACAGAAACAAAUAUGGUUUCUGAUACUGAAAAGAAAGAUAGACUAACAGUCAUCCCACAUGAUCAUACUAGUACAGACCAACUGACGCACAAGACAUAUCAGAGUAGGGAGAAGGUUGAUGUUGGUAAUUUAAGUGGUAAAGAAUGUCAUGGUAAUGUUUGUGGUAAACAUGGUAAAGAAUGUCAUGGUAAUGUUUGUGGUAAACAGUGCCAGAGAAAGGCGUGUAACUUAUGUAAUAAAGUAUUUCGUAAGACUCAGGUCUUAAAAAGUCGCAUUAUAAAACAUAAAGGCUACAAACCUUUUAAAUGUGGAGUGUGUGAAGUAGAUUUCACUAGGAAGGAACACCCAGAAAUGCACAUGAGAACACAUACUGGUGAUAAACCAUACAAAUGUGAUAUGUGUGAAAAUGCAUAUAGUCGGCAACAUCACUUACGGAAUCAUAUGAGAACACAUACUGGCGCUAAACCAUUCAAAUGUGAUCUAUGUGAUAAGGCAUUUAGUCAGCGUUCUCACUUAAAGAGACACACGCAAACACAUACAGGUGAAAAACCAUAUAAAAUAUGUAAAUGUGAUGUAUGUGAAAAGGAAUUUAGUCAGCGUCCUGACUUAAAGAGACACAUGAGAAUACAUACUCAGUCUGGCGAUUAG